UCAUGGCGCUAUCCCAGUGUCUGGAUGAGCCACAGGGGGGCGGCUGGGCUUCGAAGAAGGAGAACGGUCUGAAUCUGCAGGAAUUGUACAACGAAAGACACCGACUGGCUUUGGAGGAACUCUUGUCGGGGGGAGUCGACAGGUUUCUGGAUUUCCUCGGGAAGGAGAGGAUUCCCAACUUUCUCUCCGACGAAGAGACGCACCGGGUCAUGCGCGCCGCAGUGGUGCCGCGUCUGUCGGCGUACGCAGACGGGUUGACCGCCGAUCAGUCGGCCUGCGGCUCCGUUGACUGCUCGUCCCUCACGUAUUUCCCCGAGAUGUCCGAUCUGGAACCUCCGGUGCUGGAAAUUGGCUGGCCGUCGUUCACCAAGGGCUCCUAUCGGGGUGUUACCCGCGCCGUUGCACAUUUUCAACCCAGCUUCAACGAGUGCGUUUAUAGUUGCAAGGAAGCUGCGAGACGAAUGAUUAGAAGUGCCAAAGAGGUGAUUGCCAUAGUCACAGACUCUCUGACAGACCUGGACAUCUUUAAGGAUCUUCAGGAUGCCUGCACCCAGCGUAAAGUCCCCGUCUACAUCCUCCUUGACCAGUCAUGUGCCCCUGCUUUCCUUAAGAUGUGCCGCAAUAUCAGUGUUCGGUUGGAUGACCUUCAGAAAAUGAGGGUGCGAACUAUAACUGGAAUAACUUAUUUCAUGAGAUCUGGAGCAAGGAUAACAGGACAGGUUCAUGAACGGUUCAUGCUGAUAGAUGGGAACCGAGUGGCUACAGGUUCUUACAGGUUCAACUGGACUGACGGUAAACUGAAUAGCAGCAACCUUAUUGAGCUCUCUGGCCAGAUCACAGAGAACUUUGAUGAGGAGUUUCGAAUCCUUUAUGGCCAGUCUGUCCCUCUCAACACUCAAAGCACUCGCAGUCCCCGUAACAGUGGACUCUAUGACUCUCUCCUGAUCAAACAUCCAGUCAAUUCCAUCCAUCACAAUGCCUGGGAGCAGCUUGUGGAGCCAAUGUGUGUGACCAGUACACCUACUCACAAGUCACAUGCUCAGACCCAGCCUGUCUGUGAGCCUCUGAUUGGGGAAGCAGGCCCUAAAAUCAGCCUGGCAUCCGACUCCUCCACCAUCGGUGAUGACUUGGCAGAGCAGCAUAUCCAGGAGGAGCUCUUAGCUGGUAGCACUGCCCAGUUUUUCCCUACAGAUGCCCCAGCAAUUGUAGAGCCGGUGAAGCCACCUAUCCUGUAUAACCACAUCUCCACUCAGACCAGCUGUUCCACAGUGGACAGUGACACCCAGACUGACAUAGAAAGCCCACUCCAACAUUCUGGACUUCAGCCCUCUGACCAUAUGGCAUCCAUUGCUACCACCCAUAAUGAUCCAAAUAUUACCCAGGACCAAGCUGCCUCUCUCUCCUUUGGCUUGGCAUCUCACAGGCAGAGCGUCUCCCACCACAUGUCUGACUGCCGUUCUCCCAUCUGCAACAGCCCAGUCGCUCCAGAGAGCAGCCUCAAAGACUGCUUCCAAAAACUGUCAAAAGAGCGCCAAUACCGCUACUCUGCCAUCCGCACGAAGCUGGAGCACAUGGUGACAAUGCUGUCCCAAAGGAGGGAGCUAGUGGACAUCACCAACAGCACUCUGGAGCCUGGCACACACAGAAGAAAAAAUGCACAGAAAGAACAUGGGCAGGAAGAGAACCGUGUCCCGCUGUCGUAAAGUGUUGGUAGAGGCAUAUGGCUAAGAGCCAGAUGUAUACACUAGUUUGCCUUUUCCUGUUAGGGCUUGGUAAUAAGGGCUACUGGGGCAUGAUGGUUUCUAAGGGAUGUGUGGUUUCAAAUGAAUGGAUAUCAAACUAUGCGGUGCAUUGUCAAUACUGCUGUAUGUAAAAAAAAAAAUUCUGUUAUACAAUUCUGCUAUACCUGAUUUUCUCAUUUUCACUGUCCCACCUCUCUUUACAGAGAGCUCCCUAGUGUAAUAGAGAUUUAAAAUAUCUCCCAGAAAUUAUUUAAAAGAGACUGUACAAUAAUCAUUUCUGUCGCUGCCAGUUUAGUGAUUAUAAUCUACUGAGACAGGAAGAAUAUCGAAUGUGAUGUGAGACUGAAAAAAAAAGUCUCAUUGUGAAUAUCAUCACUAUGGUUAUUUGAAUUACAUUUUUGGCUGCUACACAUGAAGA